AUGGAGGAGAAGCGCCGCCGAGAAAUCGACGACGGUGAGCGGGGAAAUCAGCUGCCGGUGCCGGCGAUUCAACACAUUCAAUCGUUCCUCGGCGGAAGGCAAGCCGCCCGCACCAGCGUCAUCUCCAAGUCAUGGUACGUCGCCUGGUUAACUCGCCCCAACCUCUAUUUCAAUCAACGAUGUUUCGACGAGUAUCGAUCCUUACGCUUCGUGGAAUUCGUGAAAAAGACAAUGAAAAGGUACGAAGAAUCUGACCUGAAUAUUAACGGCUUCAACAUACGCCUCUUCUCUCGUUACCUUCACUGCACAUCGGAUGAAUCAAUAGUAUCUACUGAAUUGAUUAAGAAAAUUCUUCGAUUAUGCGUUAAUGGAGCUGAUUGCAAGUUCGAAUUCAUGAGUUCGUGCUACGUUUUACCUUCCGAGUUGCUCGCAACCGAAAAACUUCAAAGUUUGUCUGUGUUAGGCUGUAAAAUCAAUCGACCUGUAGGUGGAAGAGUCGAGUUUUCGAUACUGAAAUCGAUUCGAUUGGAGUAUAUAUCCAUGGAUGGUGAUUUAUUCAAAGAUGCAUUUCCAUGCUUAGAGGAUUUGACACUUUUGUGCUGCCAUGGCUACAAACAGUUAGAGAUUUCAAGCACUAACCUAAAGUGGUUAACAAUUGAGGAUAAUAGGAUCAUCAAGGUCAAUUUUACUAUCCCGAAUAUCCGUAGGUUCGUCUUCGCAGGGUCGUGCUCUCCAUUGCUGCUUUUGACUGCGGUUUCGAAGGAAUGGGAGUGCGAUAUAUCGUUGAAGUAUCUACACCAUAAGCUCAACGAAUCGUGGUUCCAUAAGCUCACUGAUCUUUCAAGAAAACUGAGUGCAUCAAUGUGCAAAGUGUCUCUCAGCAUUGUGUUUUUUGGUCACAACGGCGUUGAUCGUAGAGCAUCUUGUUCGGGUUGGACUAAGCCUAAGUUGGAUAAUCUGACAUUGUCUGUGCCGUCCCCGUUCUUCGGGUACGACUUUCUUCUUGAAACAUUGUUCGUGAGCUGUCACCCGAGGUUUGUGACGCAAUAUUGGUUUCCCGAUCCGUGUGGGGAGGAGAAAGCAAACAACAAAUGGGUUAAGUUUCUGUUCAAGAGAUUGUUGCAAGAUAAAGGAAGUGUUUCUUAUGGGUAUUCUGAGAGGAGUUUGAUUAGGGAAACGGAAGUCGAGAUUUUCGACGAUGGUUUGGAUGAAUGGCAGCCUUUGGCUUGGAGGACUUUGUUGGAACAUGGCGAAGGUCGAAAGGGUAAGCGAAAGAUUCGGUUCCGGUUAGAGUGGGAGUAUUGA